GCCUGCGCCGCUGCGGAGCCCGCGGACGAGGCGCCCCGCAGCCAUGGGGCAGGGAGAGGCGCUGCCCGCCCGGCCGGCCUGCCGCACGGGUGCUGUGCUCUCUCUUGCUUGCCAUAACUCAUGCCUAGCAUGGUGCCAGAUCAUAAACGUGUCUGAAUCGCGUUCUUCUCUCCUUGCCUCUAUGGAUGGGACUGUCAAUGAAACAAACCAGAGCAUUUCCAUGCUUGCUGAAAGCAGAUACCAUCUCUAUGUUGGCUUGGCUCUGGCACUAGGCUCCAGUGCUUUUAAUGGUUCUAGUUUCAUACUGAAGAAGAAAGGACUUUUGAAACUGGCAGACAGAGGAGUCCUCCGAGCUGGCCAAGGUGGAUAUUCUUAUUUGAAGGAAUGGCUUUGGUGGGCAGGAUUGCUAUCAAUGGGAUUAGGAGAAGCUGCAAACUUUGCUGCCUAUGCCUUUGCACCUGCAACCUUAGUUACUCCCUUGGGUGCACUGAGUGUUCUCAUAAGUGCUAUAUUGUCAUCCUAUCUUUUGAAUGAGAAGCUGAAUAUUCAUGGAAAGCUGGGCUGUGUACUGAGCAUUUUGGGGUCAACAGUCAUGGUUAUUCAUGCACCUGAGGAGGAGGAGGUCACCUCACUAGAUGAGAUGGAAAGAAAGCUGCAAGAUCCAGCAUUUGUUACAUUUGCUGUUCUACUAACAGUUGUUGCCCUCGUGCUGAUUUUUAUCGUGGCUCCAAAGAGAGGCCAAACAAAUAUUCUGAUCUACAUUUUAAUUUGCUCACUCAUUGGUGCCUUCUCUGUCUCAUCUGUGAAAGGCCUGGGCAUUGCCAUUAAGCAAAUGCUGGAGCAGAAGCCAGUUUAUCGACAUCCGUUGGUUUAUAUUUUGGUGGGCAUCUUAGUGCUCUCAGUCAGCACCCAGAUCAACUAUCUCAACAAAGCAUUAGAUGUGUUCAAUACAUCUGUAGUGACACCUAUUUAUUACGUGUGUUUCACCACAACGGUUGUGACAUGCUCCAUUAUCCUGUUCAAGGAGUGGAGUAGUAUGGACCUGGGUGAUAUCAUUGGAACCCUAAGUGGUUUCUGCACUAUCCUCAUUGGCAUUUUUCUACUUCAUGCUUUCAAAAAUACUAACAUCACCUGGAGUCAGUUGAUGUCCACUGUUGGGAAAGAACCAUCAUUAGCACACCAAGAAUAUGAAACCUGUCACACCUUACUGGAGAGCAUGGAAGACCCUGCUUUGGCAUAUGAGGAGGACAAUGUUUUAUUCAGUCAAUGAAACUCUGAAGUGGUGUUCAUCAUUGAAGUAUCAUGAAUUGCAGACUCAGCCCAACUGUGUCUACCAGAAUGCUGCUCUUUUCUGCAGUACCCUGGAAAACCAUCUGUAAAGCCAGUUAAGUGUGGGCUGCUCCUCUGUGUGCCCACUGUUGGUAGUAGUGAAUACAAGUGUUCAGUAAUUAACAUGACAGAAACCUGAUGGUGGUUGUAUAUUAGGCAAUGAAAAACCUUGUCCUUUUUUUUUGGUGCAGCAUCUCCUAUUGGAGAAUUUUAGCAGAAAAGGAUGGUCUUUGUAAGCUAUGUUUACAAAGUGCAAGUUUCCCAUCAUGAUAAGAGAGAAAUCUGUGCUGAAGUGACAAGCACUUUGUUAUUGAUAGCCUUAAUAUUUCAGGCUUUCUUUAUAUUUUUGUACUUUAUUGGCAAGCAAAUUUGUAGAUGCUUUACACAAAGAAUAUUCAUUGGAGAUACAAUACGAAGAAAACAGUGUUUAACCCUUUCAGCUUUGAUUAUACUAUUAUGCAAUAUUUUUUCACUUUUGAUCACUUACCAAUGAGUCUUGAAUAGAUGGCACAAAAAAAAAUUAUGUAAUACAGUUCUUGGUAACCAGUCUCCUUAACUCGAUUUUUAAUGGCAAAGUUUUAGCUCUUCUACCUCAGGAAUCCUGAAUGGUUUGCAAAUCCCUGAACACCUUUUUUUUUAAAAACUGUAACCAAGUUUCAUUUUAAGAAAAAGCCAAUUCAUUAGAGACCUGAAAACAGUUUCUGUUGGCUUAAAAAAUACUUAAGAUUAAAGAAUAAGCAGAAGAAAACCAUAAUGUGCAAUUAAAUAUUUCCACUUUGUUUUACCCUACUUUGAGGCUUAAGAAAGGACUUCCCUUAUUUACAUACUUCUUCCUAACACAGCUAUCUAUUAAUCAAAACUCAUUUAAGCUUUUCAACGUUUUUUUCUCAUUCUCAGCAAAACAAUACUGUUAUAUAUUCUGUUGUAAAAGCAAAAUCCAUUUUCCAAUCCAUGCCCUAUUUCUAAAAAUACUGGGUAAAGGAAGGGCUGUAAACAAGGGUUGAGAAACAUCAAAACAUCUUUUGUUUUAGUUUGGCCUUUUCAUCUUUUUUAAAAAUGAGUAUUUACUUCUGUUAGAUAUUUUAGCUAUUAAUCCACUGUAGGCCUUGAAGAUUCGUAUCUUAAUCACAGUAUAAUCUUCAGUUGUGGUCUCUGAUCUUUACCUUACAAAAACCAACUUCCACAGUCCAUGGUUUACUCAUUACAGUACCUUCUGUUGCUACUUUGUGAGCAAGAAAGUAGUUUCAUCAAUCAGAUGUGGGGUCAUGCCGAGCUCAUCAGAAAGGUAGUAUUUUCAGUUCCUGGGUUUUUAAGUGUGAGUCCAAAAUGUUUGCCAGAGAAUGCUAGCAUUUCAGCAAUUAAAAACUGAUUUUAAUCAGCUGAUGUCACUUUGCCAAGCAGAACCUCCUCAUGAAGCAGCCUGUAUAUUCUCUAAUGGUCAAAGAGUACAGUAAAAGCGGACACUUUGGAUUAAUAGCAAAUCGUUCUGCAAAAAAAACCUCAUACCUAGCUGUAAGAACAAAAGGGGUGCUGCUGAUAAUCUCGUCCAUGUGUUUUGCAGAAUUUCAGUCCUUCUUUCUGAAAGACUUUAAUAAAAUACCUCAUUUGUUAAUUAUUUUUAAUGCCACAUUACAAACUACAAAAAACUGGAAAAUAACACCAUGGAUAGUAGCUUUAAGUUAAACUCCGAGUUGCUUUUUUGUUUUCUCACUUGUCUAGGUUUGUAGUUGACCUACCUAUAGGAAGAGGUAGAAACUGUAUCAAUCACCCGCACCUGUUUCUAAACCCUCAUUUUUACAAUGAAGGGCAAAUCUGAAAAAUGUGACUGAAAAGCAUGUCUGGUUCUUCUGCUCACAGUACCUUAUAAAAUAUUGGAGGUGAUCUUGCUGAUGUAGAGAGAAGACCAGGGUAUGUCAUUAGGCAAAGGGUAUUAAGGUUAUCAGCUGCGAUUACCUAAUUUGAGAAGUACAUUCAACAGUGCAGGAGGUGGCAGCAGUGUUACCCCAGCAAUAGAGACAUUUUCACAACAAAGGUACAUGCCUUGAAAGCAUAAUGACAAUGUAUACAGCUUUAUUUCAGCUUCCCAGGGGAUAAGACUUGCAGCAAUUCUUUACUGAUAAAAUGCAUGUGUUAAAAAGGCUUCAAAGAAAAAAAAAAUCUAAAUGGGGUUUCGUUACUUCUUCAUUAAUGUAGAGGAUAUUUUGGCUGUAUUGGACAGAUUCAAACUACAAAAUCUUUAUAUUUAAAAACAGGUAACACAAAUAAUAAAAACAGUAAAGAUGGGGUUUUCCUUUCAAUUUGCCUUCUAACAAAAAUUUGCAUUACUUUUGACUGUGAAAUUCUCAUGUCAUUUAAAGAAUAAGUGAACAAAAUAGUGAUUGACCCUGAAAAGAGAAAUUGUUUGGCAUAGGUCAUGGUGCCUUUAUUUGCUUAUACAGUCAUCACUAUGGUGUGGCAGAAUGGGUUAUUUGUACAAAAAAAGCAACGAGUCCAAUUCUUGAAUGGAUGUGCGUUGGCAUUUUUUUAAGGUAUGUAGUAAUUCUUUGAGAAGAGUCUGUCCUUUUUUAUGCCAGGUCUGGACUCCUUUUAUAACAAUUCCUGGCAGUCAAUUACCUCGUACCAAGCAGAAUUUCUGUAUUUUCUAUUGGUCCUGUAUAUCUUCUUUUAUACAUAAAUAAAAUUAACUAGAAAUAUAGUUCUUUUCUUGCGAUGUCAGAAAACCAAGCUAAUGCUUAUUUUUCAUGGUGUACAGGAAGUCUGUCAUGUUAAAAAGUAAAUUAUUAAUUAUUGUUUUGUAUAAAAAAUUUCCUAUAAGAGAUUUUACUUUUGAAAAGGUUUACAUUUAGUUAUUAAUUUGGAAUAACUUUAAUUCUUAGUGAAAUUAUGCUACUGUUUCUCUUGUAAUAAAUUAUUCAUGGAUUACAUACUAAAAUGACUUGUGUUUUUAAAACAAGGAAUAAAAAGGAGUGUAGUUCGUAUUUCUGCUAAACAUGUAAACAUUAUGUAUUUGACAGAUCCAGAGAGAAUAGUCUUUAUUUUAGCAACUGGUCCUAUGCACAUGUAAGUGGAUUCUAGAGGAAGGUCUGGCUGAUGUCAUAGAAUCACUGAAUGGUUUGGGUUGGAAAGGACCUUAAGAUCAUC